UUUUUUACCUAAAAGCGAGUGUUGCUGGUCAAGUGAAAUAUUCAGAGGUAAUCAGUUUGAAAAAAUUCUUCGUUGAGGAUAGAACGCUAUAAUUUAGGGAGUAAAAAACGAACGAGUCCUUACUUAUCGAACAUCUUUCAUUUUUCUUGUGAACGCUAACACAAAAACCGAUCCAAAAUGUUCAAGAACCAUUUGGAAAUGAUUGGCCGCAAUGAGAGCCCCAGCAAGAAGGCCAAGUUCUGGCAAUCCUACAUCAGAUCCUUGAAGGGAUCUGAGGAUAUCCGUGCCCACGAGACUCCUAGGGCCGGUCGUUCAUACAGCUCAUACUUAGAUGCUCCCUCCACAUUCAGGAGCAUCUACGAUGAGCCUGCCACCGCCAACGAGCGCGUCCAGUCUCAUGGUUACAGAUAUUUGCCCGUCAGCAGAGAUACCUACGGUUACUCUCCACGUGCCAUCUAUGAUCAUCACUACAGCAGAACAAUUCCAGCUAACUAUGACGCAGAGCGUGCUUGGAAUGAUCAUUUGAAGCGUAUGCAAGAAAUUGAACGCAGAUACCCAUCCCGUUAUGGUUUGUAUCUUAAGGACAAGCCCUUGACACCAAACGCUUUGGUGCCCUUGGAAUAUGAGCCAGAGGACAAAUUGCUCCAAGAACUCAACAAGGCUAGAGUUUGAAAUUUGUUUAAGAGAAAAAUAACAAUAAACAAACAUCACAUUGAAAAUAUUUGCGUUAGUUAGUAUAGAUGAAUGAGCUCAAAACUUAGGAAAUGCAUACAUUAUAAAUAAACUAAAGUAAAUCGUCAAGCAACAAAUAACAAUAAACCACAAGGAUAUCAUACAAGAACAAGCAGAACAAUAUAAUAAAUGUUUAAUAACUUAAAAUUCUUAAAAAAAAACUACAAAAAAAUCAAGGAAACAAACAAAGAUUUACAAAAUAUAUUAAGUCCAACUUUUAAAUAUAGUUUAAAUGUAAACAUAAAUAUAUACUCUGUAAAUUAAAUUUAUAAAAAUCCAACAUUAAUAAAAAAAAAACAACAAAACUAUAAAAACACCAAAAAAAAACCUCCUAAACCAUUUGUUAUGAAUCAAUUACUAAACGGAUUCGUUAAAUGUUUCAUUGUUCGUUUAAGCAUAUCAAGAAAAACAAAAAUAACCAUCAACAAUUCGGAGAACAUGCAAAUCAUGAGUAUUAAAACGAAAAAAAGUUUAGAAAAAUGUUUGUAAUAGCCGACGUAUGGGUUUGAAAGCAGAAUUAGUAAGGGAACAUUGGGACGUAUAAUUUAUUUUAAUUUAUUCCCUUCAUAUUUGUGUUAAUCAUACGCAGGGAUGCACCAUAGAAAGAUCAUUGGUCAUAAAGAAAACUAUUUUAAAACCCGUCGUCAGCUGAUUUUAUAAAGGGAAAACAGAUGAUCGAGCCACUAAAUCCGGAUUUAAAGGGCAGUGUUAACGGGAUUUUAGGCAUAUUGCAGGAUAGAUAAAAACUUAAUCAUAGUCAACAGGGCAUAUAGUUGAUAUGAAUUCAUUACUGUGAUAUUUAAUAUUAUUCAUCAUAUUAAAGGCAAGGCAACAUAAUUAUAUGCCAUGGUGAAACCCAUUCAAUUAUUUUCCUUAAAUUUGGUGACAGGAAUCAUAGAAAUAGAAACCAGUUUUUUAUAUAACCACUAUUAAACCUCCCAUCUGUGUACAGAGAUUCAAAGCAAAGUUUAUUUUCAUUUAGCACCUAAAAGUAUGCUCUAUAUUAAUAUGAGUCAUUUAUAUUAAUAUUAAUCAUACAAAGGGGGGUCCAGUCAUCUUCAUUUUAGGUUUCAAUAACAAAAUAACGAAAGUAUGAGACAUUUUUCUGUUGAACAAGGAUAGGAGACAAUUGUUAGAAACAAUUUUUUCCAAUCAAUUUUUUUAAUUUUUCUUAAAAUAAAUAUUUUUAAUUUUUUAUUUUGGGGUUUAAAGGUAGACAUUUAGGUUUUUAAUUGCAAACAUUUUUCUGAACAUCUUUGAGAUUUGUAAAAAAUUAAUUUUUUUUUUAAAUUACAAUUUAAGCAACUUUAUCUUCUUUAUUCAUUAUUUUUUCUUUAGUUUUUUUAAAUAACCAUUUUGUUUUUGUACAUGAGCGGUUAACCAAGCUAAAUAGAUUAAGUCUUAAUAAUAACCAAAUGCUAAUUAUGCUCGAAAUUAUAAUGCUCGAAAUGUAUAAAUACAGCUGCAUUUAGAAACAAGCUAUGCUUUUAUUGAAUAUUUUUUUUUAUACAAUAUAUAUAACUUUAGUACAUAUGGUUCAUGGAAACUUAAUGUUGUGAACUUUCGGUGUAUGAAAAUAAUCCAUUUGGUUUAACCAACCGCUCAUGUGUAUUAAAUAAAAUUUAACAUCUGUAUAAAUAAACAACAAAAAAGGGAGGAUAAAUUAACAAAAGAAAAGUUAAAGGAAAUCAUGAAGGGAGAAAGUAAAACAAAAUAGUUUAGCUAUUACAGAAAGAAAGGGGUUAGAAAUCGUUCAAAGCUUAAAAAAUAUAUAUUAUCAAUAUAAAAAAUAUAGGCUGCUUAAAUAAAAUUGCAUAUGAUAUGAGACCAAUUUCUUGAAAAAUUAAAGAAAGUAUAGAAAUUUGUAACAAAACCAUUUUCAUUUUUCAAAACUUCAUAUCAUAACUUCUGAAGAACAAAUCGAUUAAAAUACUUCGCACACAUUAGAAAACUGA